GACAAAUGUUAUCGGGAACGGUCGUGUGAACUUUGCAAAUAAAUAAAUUAAAUUAAAUUAAUUGUUGCUGUGGUUUUUAACAUUGAUUAAGUGUGAUUAUGUUUAUUGUGUUAUCAACAAAUACUGUGCUUGUUAUUUUUUUAUAAUUUCAAUAAGGACGUUGGAUUAUUUCUGUGGAAUUGAUGCCUACCCCAAGUUAACACAAUGCUGCUACUACUGCUAGCGGGGCUCGUAUCCGCAGCCCUCGCGUUCGACUGCCCUACAAACUGCAGCUGCGCCACUGGGGACGAGUUGGAGUAUUACUGUCCCGUGGCAGACGCUCAUGUGACCUUCAAGGGCAGGUUCCAUGAAUAUGCUAUUGUACAUUGUCAGGGAACAAAUUUCACCUGCGAUGACCUCCCCACCAUCAACUUCGGCAACUCCAUGCCUCUCCCGUCUCUAGGCGUGAAGACCUGUCCUCCCUCCAUACUGCCGUGCCUCAACCAGGCACUGAACACGCCAUCCAUAGGCUACGUGACGCUCAUUGAUACCACUGAGCCAUUGGAGCUUGAAGAUGUUCAAGAGUUAGGGGAUGUGAAGAAUCUGGUCAUUAUGAAUGGAGCCGACAGAAAAAUACCAAUUACAGUCAUAAACUACCUGAAAACUCUUGAAAAUUUCCGUAUGACGAGCACACCACUUUCUCUUCAUAGUAAUGAUUUUAGCAAUUCUACUCCGUUGGUAUUUCUUGAGUUGUCAAUGGCUGGUAUUAAGGAGGUGCCUGAUGAUGCGUUCAAUGGCUUGGAGAGGUUGAAGACCUUGAAUGUGUGGGGGAAUCGUUUUAGUGAAGUGCGUGUUAAUGCGUUAAGAGGUCUAUCCUCCCUACAAAUUCUCUCACUAGACUCCAACCACAUAGCAAAGAUGGCAGCCGGGUCAUUGAACCACGCUCCCUUACUGAAAACCAUAUCGCUGGUCAGAAACCAGCUGGUAGAACUGCCUCCAGGCUUGUUCCAGAAUUUGACGAAAUUGGAAAAUAUAACAAUUCAAUCGAACGCCGUAGCCCUAAGACUACAUAACCACUCAUUUUCAAAUCUACCCUCAUUAAAAAACCUUAUAUUAGAAGAUUGUGGAAUAAAACUACUAGAACAGCCAAUUUCCGGUUCCUACAACAUACAGCACCUAUCUUUAUAUAGUAACGAAAUAGAGCACAUACCUUUAUCUUUCUUCAAAGAUAUGCCAUCUUUGCAAAGAUUGGAUUUGAGUUACAAUAGGAUAAAGAAAUUGGAUAGUGGAGUGUUUCAGGCGCUGAAAAAUUUGGAGUUUUUAAAUCUGAAUAGAAAUCAUUUAGAAGUAUUGCCUGACUUCCUAUUCUCAGGCCUCAAGAAACUAAACCACGUUUCAAUAGAAAACAACUAUUUAACCCACAUCAGCGAAUUCACGUUCCAAGGAGCAAUUAACUUACAAACGAUAUCGCUAAAAUCUAACCAGCUAACAUUACACCCCUUCCCGCAGUCAGUCAACGAGGAUUACUAUACGAACUUGAACGUUAUGUCGCCCUUUGAAAAUUUACUCGAGUUAAAGAAUUUGUAUUUAAAUGAUAACUCUAUAAAUACCAUGUUUGAAGACUGGAACCUUAUAUUGACUAAAUUGGAAAAUUUGGACUUGUCGUAUAAUAAUUUUACGAUGCUUCAGCAAUUAGAUUUCCAAUUUUUAAGCAACAAAGUCACCGUUGAUCUCCGACACAACAACAUUACUAGCAUAAUAUUAGAUAACGCUACAUCACCGGAUGACUUCAAAUCACCAAUUGACUACAAAUCACCAGAAAGCUCAAAAUCAUCAACAAGCUCAAUUUUACUCGACAACAACCCACUUAUGUGCGAUUGUGGUAUGUAUAACCUAGCUUUAAGGCUAAAAGGAUAUAAAUAUAUAAACGCAGAACCUAAAUUUGUACUAGGAAACGCCAAAUGCGAAUCACCACAGAGACUAAAUGGUGAUUUGUUCAUAAACGUAUCACCAUCUGACUUAAAUUGUGAUUUACCAGUCGAGGCUUGUAUGCAAAAUUGUUCUGUAUGUGAAAUGAGACCGGGAAAAGAAGAUUUGUUCUUCAAAUGUACGUCUAAACCUCAAUUUUUCCCUAAUCCCUUAGAUUUUAAUGCUAAAACGAUAUCUCUAAGAUUGUAUGAACAACCAACUUAUAUUAACGAUUUAAAUCUCCAAUUACUAAAUCUAUCUAACAUAGGAUUAAAAGAAAUUACUUUUGAGCCGUCCAAUUCAGUUAAAAGUAUAGAUUUUUCCAAAAAUAAUUUGACAAAAAUACCUGUAGAAUUCCUAAAAUUGAAUACUACAUUGUACCUAUCAAAUAAUCCUUUCAAAUGUGAAUGUGGUAAUACGGAAGAAAUUUUACUACUAAAACAGAGUCGUUAUAUAAAAGAUUUAGACAAAAUUACUUGUGAAAACGGUGACAAAAUAUUACUUAAAGAUAUUAACUCUCUCUGUAGCUCUAAGAGAGCAGCCGUCAUAGCUAUUGCCACAUUUUUAGUCCUAUUUUUAACCGUGGCUAUUUUCCUAGCCAUUAUAUACCGAUUUUCAAGAACUAUUCUAGUUUUUCUUAUCGAAAAAGGCUUAUUUCCCAGCUGUUUCGUCGAUGAUCAAGUCGACAAAAAUAAAGAAUUCGAUGUUUUCAUAUCUUAUGCUCAUAAAGACAGAGAAUUUUUAACUAAAUUGCUACCAAAAUUAGAAACUGAUUUUGGCUUGAAAACUUGCGUACACUAUAGGGAUUGGGCUGUCGGUGAUUUCAUACCGGAUCAAAUAAAUCGUUCAGUAGAAAAUUCUAGGAGAACAAUAAUUCUGCUUUCUGACAAUUUUUUAGAGUCUGACUAUGCUAAUAUGGAGUUUAGGGCUGCCAAUAAUUUAGCCCUAAAAGAGGGUAAGACUCGAGUAAUAUUAAUUUUACUCCACGAUAUAACGAAACAUGAAAAAUUGUCAGACGAAUUGAAACUACAUAUGAAAAUGAAUACAUACUUAAAAUGGGAUGAUUUUAGAUUUUCUGAAAGGUUGGAAAAAGCUUUACCGCUGAAAAAUAAUAAGAAAUUUGUUCUAACGAAUGUUUUUAAACAAGUUCAGGAGAAAUCGGUUAAGCCUGGUUUAAACGUACAUUUGAAUAGUAACGGUCAGUUAGUUAAUAUGGCAAUUAAAGAUGUUGUUUAAUUUUAACUGUGGUUUAAGUAAGACUGGUAUUUCAGGCAGUCUUAUACAGUACCUGUGUUUUUUACCCGACUGCGCUCGAUAAGAGGGUUAUGUUUUAUGUUAUCAAGCAGUUUUUGGUCUAUGAUCUCUCUCUAUAAGUUAUAUGGCAUCAAAAUUUGUCUAGUCUCAAGUGAACGUAAUUUUAAGUAGUAAUCUUAAAAUCAACUAGACAGAUUUUGAUGAAAUGUUAACACAGUUUAAGUACAUGAAAUUCAUUUUUAAUGAUCUGGGAAUUGAACCUAAUAUCAGUUUAAGUACCUUUAUAUCGGCAGCCAAAAUAAAUAUUGAACAUUGAAUCUCUUUGAGUACACACUGCUAACUUUUAGUCGGGCGAUAGUUUGUUUGGGCUCAUAAAUCAGUAUGAAGAUGAAUGGUAGUACGUAUAUUAUAAAGAUCAGGUAUUUAGCCGGUAUCAGACCGACUGAAAACUUAUUGGAAUAAAAAGAAAAAAAUUGGUCAACUAUCGGCCGACUUUUUUAGUUUGCAGUAUGGGGAUACUCAAAAAUUAUCUUAGAUUUAAUAAAAGGAGCCAUUUUACUAUAUUUAAGUCUUAAUUUUUAAGUUUUUCUUUAAUUUUAGGUAUAUGUAAUCUCAAAACGUGUUUUCGAAAAUUCUUGUACAGUGACGUUUUUUUUUUAGAAAUUUUGUAAAAAAUUAGCCUUUUUUAAUAAUAUCCUUACUUUAAUGAGCCAAUUUUGCAGCAUUUUUCUACUAUAUUUGUAAGUUAAGUUAAUUAGUAUUUUGUAUAUAAAUGGAGGGUUAUAUCUAAGUAUACAUUUUAGACUAAAAAGUUGAUAUUUUUUGUAAAUAAUUUUGAAAGAAUUCUGAAUAUUUUUAAAACUUUUUUUAAGGAUGGUGCCUUAUUUUUGACUUGUGGUGCUUAUUUUGACUCUAACUAUACAUUUUUGUAAUAAAAAUUAAAGUCUUUACAUAUUUUGACCAAAAAAACAAGGUCCGUUUUUCCUAAAAUUGGUUAAACAUAUUUUUUUGGCAACGGCGACUGUUCUCAUAUAAGGAGAUCAGCCAGCUGCGCAGGACAUAUUAUAGUGCACGAGCAUUUGAUAUUUUUUACGUAAUCAAGUAAAUUGUAUUUUGUAACUAGUAUCUAAGCUAUUCGCUGAUUUAUGUUAUUUUUUUUUCUUAUUAUUUUAAAGGCACAUUCUAAGCAAUAUUUGUCGUGAAAUCAAAGCAAUAAUUAUUGAUAUUAAUAUUUAAAAUUAGCUUUAAGAUUUUAUAACUGAUCUGAUAUUAUAUAAAAUAAAUGUACAGCUUAAAUACUUGAUCUGUAAAUAUUUUUAUAUGUCAUAUUUUACAAUAUAUUGAACUGAUUCUUCAAAGUACAACAUGUCAAAUAACUUUUAAGCUACAAUUCACGGAGCCAUGAGCCAAAAUGUAAACAAAGAAUGACACUUUUUCAAGAUGGCGGGUAUAACCCGACACACAUUCACAUUUUUAUGUAAAAUGUUCGCAGUAUCUGUGCUCUACAAUUUAGUAGCGUUCCAUGUUUGAUAGUCAAGUAUUUUAGGUUCUUUUACAUGUAAACGAUUUAAUACAUAUUGAAUUAAAAUUAAGAAAAUCAUUUACGGCAUUUAUUAUAUUUGAUUUUAUAUAAGUCUGAAAGGAUUACAUAAGUUCUACAGACGUCGUUCUAAAAUGUUUUAAGUGUAUUACUUCCGUAGUUAUAUUUAUAAAAUAUGUUCAUUUCUAUCGUGAAUCUUAUAUAGAACCCUUUUUAUGAUUUUUUUACCAUUUGGCUCAUGGUUCCGUGAAUAGGGUAUAGUUAAACUAGCCUUUCAACCAAACAGCUAGCCCAUUGACUGAAAAGCGCCGUUCAAUCACUCGCCUAUACAUCGUUUAGCCGAUAUGUUAUUUCAUAAACCACACCUGAUAGUUUAAGAUACUUUUUAGUUUAAUAUUUUGCUCUGAACUUCAUAAUCUCGGCAGUCUAUGGAAUGUCUAUGGUUCUAGUCAGAUUUCAAAUAUAUUCUGACUUAUACUUAUCUCUAAUAUGAAUCUUAAUUUUUGCCUAUACUAAUAUAAAAAGGGGAAAUAUUUUUUUGUUUGUCUGUACCUACUCCGAAAAUACUGGAUACCUAUAUUUAUUAUUUCACCCGUGUCCGCGGGAACUACUGCCCGUACCGGGAUAUAAUAUAGCCUGUGUUACUGGGGAAGAGUGUAGCGCCCCAACAGUGAAAGAAUUUUUCAAAUGUGUUCACUCUUUUCGGAAGCCUUUUUGGUAAAAACGUAGAAUGUUUUCUUUUUAUUAUAUUAGUAUAGAUAAAUAUAAUAUAUGACAUAUACACAAAUAUCGUAAAUGCAACUAUUGUACACUUUACAUAAAUAUAUUAUUGUAAAUAACUGAAAUGGAAUACAUAAUUAUUACAGUAAAUACUUAUAAAUUAACAAAUUCACUUUUUUACUUGCGUGUCUAACCUUAACCUUACUGAAGGAGCUAAUUCCUUACUGAAGGAUUUGUAUGACAUUCCGUCACUAAGGAGUGACUCAAGUAAUCAUUAAAUGUCUCUGAGUAGGGAGGUAAAUCCGUCAUAAGGUCUAAUGAUGGAAAAAAAUCAAUAAUAAAUAUAUUUCUAUCAAUGUGAAACUAUUAUCCAUUUGAGCACGCACUAAACGAAAGAAAAAAAUCUUGAUAUUACUUUCAUAUAAAAACUUGAUCUAAAAAUAAAAAACGACUAAAAAUCAAUGUAAAUACAAUAAUAACAAUUACUUAAUUAAUUGAAUCAUUAUUUUAAGCAGUAUUUUAUUUGUUUAAUAUGUAUUUGUGUAAAAAGUCUUAUCAAGAUUUUUAGUUAAGGUACUAUUCAAAUGACCAAAAGUUAGUAAUUUUUAAAUACUAAAGUGAAUUUAUUAAUUUUGUAAGGAAAUUAUAAGCAAUAAAAAUCUUCCAAUGCAUGCAAGAAUGUUAUUAUUACAAGACUUUUUAUAAAUAAAAAAAAUAAUCGUAAAA